CCUCAACAACUCUCCUGUCGUCGCUCAUUAGUGAGGAGAUCAGGAGAAGGAAUUGGGAGGGAGCGAUGGGCGGCGUGGCGUCGUCGGUGGCGGCGAAGCUGGCAUUCUUCCCGCCGUCGCCUCCAUCGUACGAGGUGGUGACGGAUCCGGGGACGGGGAUGGCGAGGCUGAGCCGCUUCCCCCACCGGGAGAACGUGGAGGUGCUCCGCCUCCCCACGCGCCGGGGCACGGAGAUCGUGGCUGUCUACGUCCGCAACCCCAUGGCGUCGUCCACCCUCCUCUACUCUCACGGCAACGCCGCCGACCUCGGCCAGAUGUACGAGCUCUUCCUCGAGCUCAGCAUCCACCUCCGCGUCAACCUCCUGGGGUAUGAUUACUCUGGAUAUGGGCAAUCCACUGGAAAGCCAAGUGAACAAAAUACUUAUGCUGAUAUAGAAGCUGCUUAUAAAUGCCUCAUAGAGCAAUAUGGUGCUAAGGAGGAAGAGAUUAUAUUGUAUGGACAAUCUGUUGGAAGUGGACCAACUGUGGAUUUGGCUACUCGCCUACCUCGCUUACGCGCUAUUGUUCUGCAUAGCCCUAUACUGUCAGGUUUAAGAGUGAUGUAUCCAGUAAAGCGCACAUAUUGGUUCGACAUUUACAAGAAUAUUGACAAAAUUCCACUGGUCAAAUGCCCGGUGCUAAUAAUUCAUGGAACAUCGGACGAAGUUGUAGAUUGUUCUCAUGGUAAGAAGCUUUGGGAACUGUGUAAGGAGAAGUAUGAACCGCUUUGGCUCAAAGGAGGGAAGCAUUGUGAUUUAGAACUUUUUCCUGAGUACAUCAAACAUCUCAAAAAGUUUGUAUCUACAGUGGAGAAAUCACCUUCCCACAGAAGCACCUGGAGAAUAAGUACAGAAAGAUUUGAACCUCCUAGGAAGAGCUCUGAUUGUUUUGAACCAUCAAGGAAGAGCAUUGAUCAUAGGGAGAAGCAUAGGCCUAGUUCAGAUAAGUCAAGAAACAAGGAUCAGCGACGUAGCAAUAUGGAAAAAUUGGGAAAGUCAAAGACCUCGUUUGACCAUUUGGAGAAAUGUAGGAGAAGUGUGGAUUGCCUGGAGAAGUCUAGGAAGAACACUGAUCAGCUGGAUAGAGGCCGGAAGAGUGUGGACAGGUUGGACAGGAUAUGGGCUGGCUAGUCAUUUUACCCCAUGUAAAAAUUAUAAAUGGGCUUUGUUGUAUCAAGGAAUUUAUUUGUGUUUUUUUUUUCUUUUCGCCAAUUAUGUAGUUUAUUUGUGGAUGUUACACAACAGUUGGUAGAGCUGGAUAGAAAGUUGUUGAUGUAGCGUAGUUCCUGAGUUAAAAUGACAUCUUUUGUCAAAAAUGAUUGACAUGAUGGUUUGUUGGGAUUUA